CUAAGAUUUCCUGAAGAGACUCAAUAUUUAAACUUAACUAUUUCUCAAGUUUCAGCUGUGGAUUGGAACUGUAGUUAAACCUAAAAAAGGGAACUGUGACUCCGGUCGUGCAGUUGGCGGGCAGAUUUGCCGCUUGUGCGCAGUGUCCUUGCAUGUCGGUUCCACACUAUAUGGGGCAGCGAACGCUUUCAUGUGCCUGAUCGUGUGACUUGGUUUACUGUUGCCGCCCUAAUGUCAUCUUUGGCCCCGUGGUGGCGACUUUGAGGCGAGUUAUUGUGUCGAGUGGAAGGGUGAGAAGAACCUCCGGCGCACGAAGACUAGUCAUACAAACCACUGUAGUGAAUGAACUGAGAGGACUGGUGGUCUGUCUCUUUUUCGGGAGGUCCUAGCGUCUGAACAAAGAGACUAGACUCGCAACUCAGCUAUGCAUGAAGGCAGCAGAGCAAAAGAUAUCUUUGUUUUUUGUCCGGAGUGACAAGCCCUAUCAAUAAUCGCUGCUGAUCGCUGGCCGACAUUCUACGCAGCCAAGCGCUCUCCUUGACGCAUGCAUCGGUCGUCUUUGGACGUUUUGAUGGCCCUCAGCUAAAACUGACUGAUGGAAUUGUAUGUAUGGUACCUAAAGGAUGUACAAGAAGUUUCUUUCGGUGUCCGUCGUCUUCGUGCCUGCCUGUGUAUUACCAUCCAGCGUCCGUGUCUUUUUCCCGGCGGCAUUCACGCUGGAGCUCGCAAGUCUUUAACUUAAAGGAGCAUGACAGACCAGAAUUAUUCUCAGAAAGUGUUUUCUUCGGAACAAAUGCUUAUUCGACAAUUUCAGCUGUCACGUGAUCUGCUCUUUUUUUGUCGUAACGACAGGUGUGCAUCUCGUUGGCGAUCUCCGCUUCGUUAUCUUGCGACAGAGCAGAAUGGGGAACUCUGCGGGGGCGUAUUCGUUCCGAAACCAACAGGUUUCAGCAACCGUGCCGACAAGCAGAGAGAGUUCCCUCGAGGACGCGAGGAAGCAGCCUUCCCGCAGUAAUGCAUCGACAGGUUCUGUUUCCUCUUCUACCACCAGUUUCGGAGGGCAAAAUGCGAACACUUCACCAGACUUCAUUGGUAUGCCAACUUUCGGCGUGGAGGGCGAAGGGGUCGACAGCUCAAAUGGGACGCGGUCUGUCGCAGUCAGAGUGACUCUGCCAGCAGUCUCUGGAGGCGGCGCCCAUGUUUCCGGUGUCACUACCGCUCCAGCAGGUGUAACUCCGCAGGGGGCUCAGAUUUCGAUCCCGUCUGUGGAGUCCGGGAUCGGGCCGGAGAGUGACGCACAGAGGCCGUCGAUGCAUCCUCCGAUUCACUUCUGCGCAGAAACAAACGAUCCACAAGAUCCGUGCAACGCGCAGUGGUUGUUGUUGUGGACGUACGCAGCGUAUGCGUCGCCUAGGCCAAGUGCUGAAGAGCAGCGGCAUCUGCGCGUAUUUUUCGAAGAAUUCCCAGACCAGUGCACUUUCGGCCCCGCUGCGAGAUGUUACAGCGAAGCUGUCAAGACGUUCCCACCACGGGUAGAAAGUCGGCGGGACUUGAUGUUGUGGCUGUGCUUGGUUGAGAACCAGUGUCGGUUAAAGCUGGACAUGCCGACACGGCCUUGCAGGUACAGCGAACUCGUCCGUCGGUGGAGGUAUGACGAUGGCUACCUGUGAAAAGCACUGUCUGGUCAGCAUGGAAGCGACCGUUUGUGUGGGAGUGAAAAAUUUGCUCGUGGCAGUUCAGUCUCCGUCACCGCCUCGACCAUAGCACAUGACGGAAGCCGAAAAUCGCUACCCGGACUUUUUUUGUUGCUGACACGCCCGAUAUCUGUUUGUUCAUCUCAUGUCGACCGUCUUUCUCUAAGGCUGAAGUCGUUCCACUUUGCUUUGCUGAUGGUGUUCACUUCCGGUUCUAUCACAAAACCGGUACAGACGGGCAAUAUAGCUGUGUACUGUAAAUGAAUGUGAUGUACGCGGACCGCACCGGCGGAAUAGGCUUGACAUCUGGCGGCAUAAGGGAGUAGUGUUCGUCAACGGGUUACUCAAUCAGGUCGGUGAUUUGUCAGCAUUUUUGUGAGUGCUGAGUUUGAAAGGAAAUACGAGGGAUGUCAAACAGUGGAUAUAGUGAAUGAAACCGUUAGGGACUUGUGGGCUAUUGAGUGUGCUGAGACUGCAGUGAACCCUGCGUGGUCUGCCGGUUAGGCAUAUUAUGAGUAGAGAAAAUGCCAACUCUAGCAACACACGAUGUGCUGCGGCGUGCACUUUGCCCCGUGUGGGAGUGCUAACUGUGAAUACGCUGCACACUUCCCCUACGUAAUGACGUACUAAUUUUUUGAGUAUGCAAGCGAAACAUGGAUAGAUAAGUAGUGCUCGGGCGCUGAUCGAAAUCGAAUGCGUCUCAGCUGUCAGCCUGAGCUGAUGGAGGAUAGAGUAAUUGUGCGCAUCUACAGUGGUCGCAUGUGUGUUUGUCUUUCUACAUAAGCUAGCGGGGGAAGCGUGAACAGGACAUGCGAACAUCCAGCACACUGGAUGAAAGGUAUAUAGAUGUGUAACCAUUCAUAUAUGCAUAAGCCAAUGCCAAAAGCUUAGUAGCAUUUCGUACGGCGGUAGAUAAGAAUGCAUGGGGUGCAUGAGCUAGAGGAAUACCCAGCGACAGACAAGCAGCAUGAGGGCCGAGAAUAGUUGAUUGCGUCCCGGGCACGGUGGCGCUACACAGAGACACCUCCGUUAAAACACCUUCUUAAGCAAACUCCACACAUGAUAUCGACUUACACGAAGGCGAACCAAUGUUCCGUGCAAGGGUGAAAACGGACUGUUCUCGGUUGCUCAUGCCAGCAACGGAAGGCUGCAGGUCACGUCUCAUCCAAAACGCGACAAGCGGAGAUGAAAACAAUUGGUUUCUGUCCCUUACGUUCAAAAGCAUCAAGCUUACGACGUGCACUAUCGCGUCAGCUCCGGUGGCCUUUAGCGUCUGACUCCGCCCUGCGCACAGCCGGAUCGUGGCACUUUCCCACCCAAGUGUUUGGUAGUUCAUCUUUUGGACUGGUAGUCUCGCACCUGCCAGGAAAGGCACUGGCGAAACAACACUUCUGGAACAAAGAGUUUCGUUCAAACUUCUUUAUAUA